AUGGACUAUGAUUUCAAAGUGAAGCUGACCGGCGAGCGAGAGCGUGUCGAGGACCUGUUUGAGUAUGAAGGAUGCAAAGUGGGCAGAGGCACCUACGGUCAUGUUUUCAAAGCGAAGAGAAAAGAUGGGAAGGAUGAUAAGGACUACGCCCUCAAGCAGAUUGAAGGCACCGGCAUUUCUAUGUCAGCCUGCAGAGAGAUUGCACUGCUGCGAGAACUGAAGCACCCCAACGUCAUCUCGCUGCAGAAGGUUUUCCUGUCGCACGCCGACCGCAAAGUGUGGCUGCUCUUCGACUACGCCGAACACGACCUAUGGCACAUCAUUAAGUUCCACAGAGCGUCCAAGGCCAACAAAAAGCCACUUCAGCUUCCCAGAGGGAUGGUCAAGUCUCUGCUUUACCAGAUCCUGGACGGCAUCCAUUACCUUCACGCAAACUGGGUCCUUCACAGAGACCUUAAACCUGCAAACAUUUUAGUGAUGGGGGAAGGGCCAGAAAGGGGAAGAGUAAAGAUAGCUGACAUGGGUUUUGCCCGUCUCUUCAAUUCACCACUGAAGCCUUUAGCCGAUCUCGACCCAGUGGUCGUUACAUUCUGGUACAGAGCACCCGAAUUGCUGCUGGGGGCCCGGCACUACACCAAAGCCAUCGACAUUUGGGCGAUAGGCUGCAUUUUCGCCGAGUUGCUGACGUCCGAGCCCAUAUUUCACUGUCGCCAAGAGGACAUCAAGACCAGUAAUCCGUACCAUCACGACCAGCUGGACCGCAUCUUUAAUGUCAUGGGUUUCCCGGCUGAUAAAGACUGGGAGGACAUCAAAAAGAUGCCAGAGCACUCCACACUGAUGAAAGACUUUAGGAGGAAUACAUACACAAACUGCAGCCUUAUAAAAUACAUGGAGAAACACAAAGUCAAGCCAGACAGCAAAGCAUUCCAUUUGCUGCAAAAGCUGCUAACCAUGGACCCAAUCAGGAGAAUCACUUCGGAGCAGGCCAUGCAGGAUCCCUACUUUUUAGAAGAGCCCCUUCCCACGUCAGAUGUGUUUGCAGGAUGUCAAAUUCCUUAUCCGAAGAGGGAAUUUCUUACUGAAGAGGAACCAGAUGACAAGGCAGAUAAAAAGAACCAGCAGCAGCAACAGGGAAACAACCACACAAACGGUGCAGGGCACACCGGCAACCCCGACAAUAGCCACGCCCAAGGCCCGCCUCUGAAAAAAGUGCGCGUGGUUCCGCCCACCACUACCUCAGGUGGCCUCAUCAUGACCUCAGACUACCAGCGCUCUAAUCCACACGCUGCCUACCAGAACCCUGGACCAAGCACAUCACUGCCCCAAAGCAGCAUGGGAUACUCCUCUACCUCCCAACAGCCUCCGCAGUACUCCCACCAGACCCACCGUUACUGA